AGUGCUGUAUAAUAGUAAUUUAGCAUAUGACUGACUAACAAGAUUAGUUGACUAUUAUCAUUUAACAACAACAACAAAAAAAAAGACAAUCCCAUUUGUUCGAUUGCUUGUCUUAUUAACAAAAUUUAUCUGUCAUUAUUGAUAUAUUACCCAUUUCUUUAUUAUAGUGUUGAGGAAAUAUUCAUUAAACAUAAUUACUUUUAUAUCAUAUGUUAUAACUUAAAAGAUAUUCGCAUAAUUUAUAUGAUACAGUAUUUGAUUGGUCUAAGUCAUAGGCCUAGAAGUAUUGGCAUUUUCUACAUUUUUAAAGGAAGGGGUACAAGGCUAAGAGAAAAAACAUUACUUGAGAUGUGAUGCCCCUGAUAGGAAUACUUUUUUAGUGUUUUGCUUGUCCUGAAGUUAAAAUUAGUUUGAACUGAUUGGUUAUAUUGUUUUUUCCUACAAAAUUGCUUGGUGAAGUUGAGGGUCUCAGUCUACUAGCUCUUGUUUGGUAAAGUUAAUUUACCUGAUCAAGAAAGUUCUUAGUUGUUCAGGUUACUCAACAUCUUAAUUGCUUGGAUUUGCAGUAUUACUUUCUCCACUAAGAUGUCAAUUAUAGUUCUAACUAUGUUUUACUGACUAUUACAGAGAAUUUCAUAUUGCCGAAGAUAUUAAAGCUCAAGUCUACGUAAAUGCCUCAAGGCAGAAAGAAAAUCCCAUUCAGUGGAAAACAGAAGAAGUUACAGUUACAACAUAAACGAGAUAAAAAGAAAAAUCAAAAUGAAGAAACAAGCAAUGAAGACAGUAUUGUGACAUCUGGAAAUGUAUCUAUAGCAGAUGAGGGAAAAAACUUUCUGGAAGAUGUUGUAAAGUUAAACCAGCAGCCAUCAAGACAAGGUACAAACACAGCAAAUAGGUAUAGGCUGCAUUUUAGAAAAGAGACAAAUCAAGAAAUACAGAAACGAAAACAGCUGGCUGGGAUACCAUUUGAAGUGUUGUCACAGGAGGCUCUUGAAGUGAGUUAUGAAGACAUUUUUCUACCUGGAUCAGUUCUGGAUAUACCUAAACGGCCACCGUGGAACUAUAGUAUGUCGAAAGAACAGCUGGAGGCUAGGGAGCAGAAACACUUUAGAGAAUAUCUUCAGAAAAUUGAGCAGGAGUUUAAGAGUGAAGAAUUGAGCUACUUUGAAAUGAACCUGGAGACUUGGAGACAGCUGUGGCGAGUGCUUGAAAUGUCGGACAUUGUAAUGUUGAUCGUGGACAUCAGAUACCCUGUUCUGCAUUUCUCUCCUGCCUUAUAUGACUACGUAACAAGUGAUCUUGGGAAAGACAUUAUUUUAGUACUGAACAAGAUAGAUCUGGUGCCAGCUCCUAUUGUCUUAGCAUGGAAACAUUACUUCCAGCAACAGUUUCCACAGGUCUAUAUUGUAUGUUUUUCAGCUUAUAGUGGAAUGAAACAAGCAGCAGGAAAAAGAGGAAGAAGGAUUGGUAAGUUGAAGAUGGCUGCAGAAGGAGCAAAAAGACUUUUUGAUGUGUGUGAGAAAAUUGUUCACAGCAAAGUUGACCUUUCUAGUUGGGAAAAGAAAAUUGAAGAGGAAAUAAAUUCUAGCUUUUCAGCCAGUGAUAAUUGUGAAGAAGAAAAGAAUCCUUUAGUUGGAGCAGAGAUCAAGGUGACUUCAGCAGACUGUAGCCACUACCGGUCUGAGAAGUUCAAAGAUGGUAUCUUGACUAUUGGAUGUGUAGGUCAUCCAAACGUAGGAAAAUCAUCUGUCUUGAAUGGAGUAAUGGGUAAAAAGGUUGUGAGUGUUUCUCGCACUCCUGGCCACACCAAACAUUUUCAGACGAUAUACCUCACGCCAACUGUUCGACUCUGCGACUGUCCGGGUCUUGUUUUUCCUUCUAAAAUCCCCAAACCUCUCCAGAUACUGACCGGCUGCUACCCCAUCGCUCAAGUCCGUGAACCAUACUCCGUAGUGAUGUAUUUAGCGCAAAGAGUACCAGUUCCCGAAAUCCUCAAGUUGCAGCAUCCAAACCAGGAAGGCAAUAUGGCUUCUCAGCCUGAACCUUGGUCAGCCUUUGAUAUUUGUGAAGCAUGGGCUAUAAAGAGAGGAUUUUUAACUAAACGCACAGCAAGGCCUGAUGUCUACAGAGCAGCCAAUAACAUUCUUAGGUUGUCAUUGGAUGGAAGAACAUUAUGUUUAACAUUUUAUCCACCAGGAUACACCACAGAAAAAGAAAAGUGGUCUUUACAUCCAGAAGUAAACGAAAUAAAAGCGUUACAACAUUCUGAAAAAAUUAAUUAUAAUAAUAAAAGUGAAGUAGGAGAAGAAAACUUAUCUGAAAGCAGUAAUUGUGAAGAAGACUCUGAAAAUGAAAAGAGUGAAAAGUUUCUCAGCGAUGAACAAAAUAUGUUUUCUGUUUUGAGUGAUAUGUAAAAAAUCGUUGGAUUUUGAGAUAAAUAUAAAAUAUAACUGA